AUGAAGUUUUCAUGCCUUGUCGCCGUCACCGCAACCCUCGUCCUCAGUGCAACACCAGUCCUGUCGCAGGAUGAAUUCACGACCUUGGAUGUCGACCCAGGUGCGGAACCCGUGCCAACACAAUACGACGAACCCGUCCCGGAGGAAGGCAGUGAAUAUGAAUACACAGGAGACGAAGAUUACUGGCACGGGCAUCCACACCUUCCCGAAGACUGCAACGACAUCCGCAUCUUCAGUGCGCGCGGGUCGGACGAGCCUUACCCGGGCCGCGGAGGGACGAUGCUAGGGGUCAUGUGUUACCUGUUCGAGUCGGUCGGCCUGUCGUGCGACUACGAGGACGUCGUCUACCCGGCCAACAUCUCGUACUCGGGACUCUUCUGCCAGUCGGCAAACAUUGGCGCUUCCAGGGGCCAGACUCAGAUGGCCGCCUACGUCGAACGAUGUCCAAACUCCCGGUUGGUCCUGACGGGCUAUUCUCAAGGCGGCAGUGUCGUCGGUGAUAUCUUGGGAGGCGGAGGUGGGCCAAUCUUCGGGUGUGACCAGCCGUGGAACCCAUCGAUGCCCAGGUCCACGGCGCCGGGGUCAAGCAUCGUCGCAGUCGUGACGUUCGGCGAUCCUCGCUUCACCGUCAACCAAGCGUACAACAUCGGCCGUGGAUCGGGGUACAGUGGUGUUCUGGCGCGUGAGGGCCAACAGCUCGCCGAUCUCAACCAGUACGACGACAUCCUCGCCAUGUGGUGCAACGCAGGCGACCCCGUGUGCGCCGUCGGCAGCGAACCCGUCAACAUCACGGCCCAUUGGUCCUACUACGACGAAUACACCGACGUGGCGUCCCGGUGGGUCGUGGCCACGGCGCUCGGCCAGUCCGACGUCCGCCUCGACUUGGAUCUCGACGGGCAGAACGAGAGCGUCGUCUUGAUGGGGAGGAAUUCGUCGAGGAAUGGUAAUGAUAGCGAAAGUGGAAGUGGUGGCGGGGAUGAGGAUGGAGGCGUGAGCUUGCGAGGUUCUCCCUCCGGCGGCAUAGGUGUGGUCGGGCUCGUGGCGUUGAUUACAGCGGGGUUGGUCUGUAUGUUGUAG